UUUUUUUUUUUAUUUCGCUCAUCAAGUUCUUUGUAAAUUUGUAAUCGUCGAACGUAUUAUAAAUCAUCAUGGAUAAAGAUGCUGAAUUUACAUAUUUUAUGGUUCUUACAGUAUUAAUGACUAUGGCUUCUUUACAUAAUCUCGUUAAAUCGAUCCUACUUUGUCGUGAUAAUCGUGCAAAUGAUUUAAAAAUAUCAAUUAUAAAACUUAUUCUUAAUCUAAGUGGUCUCUCAUACAGUAUAUUCAAUAUUGGAGUACUUCUUACUAAAAAUACCACUUCUUUACCUGAAUGUUUGACGGUUACAUAUUUGCAAAUGAUAACGAACUUUGCUUUUUCUGAAUCUAUCAUGAUUUUCUUGGUCUGGAAACUAAGAAAAUUUAAAACAUCAAAAAUGGAUGAUUUUAUUGGAUACGGUUUACUUUUUACAAGAAGUUUAUUACAUAUAAUAUAUAUUGUAUUCGUACGACCACAAAUAAUUCUUGAUAAUAAUACAACCUUAUGUGAUAAUGACGCGAAUCAUGGAAGGAUAUUUUUGUUGAUUAUGACCAUAAAUGAUCUUCUGAUUGACGUUUACGUUGCAUUUCGUUUUAUUCAAUAUAUAAGAAGAAAUUUAAAAUCAUCUCAAAAUGAUCAACCCUUUUAUUCAUCCUAUAAAUUAAUCAUAUGGAAUUCUUUACGUAUUUCUAUGAUAUCAAUUCAACAUAUAAAUACUAUAAUUAUUAAACCACCAAUCUUUGAUUAUACGAUCGAAACCAUUAUCUUCAUUAUCUUGUCAUACGUCAUAACAUUUAAUGUAGGAGGAUCGGAUGAUGAUCAUCACCUAAAUGAAAAUUCUUUAGAAAGUGGUAAUUAUAAAGGAAAAAAUGUAAAAAAUGAUGAUAAUAAUAAUAAUGAUGAUGAUACAACUUCUGAUGAUGAAGAAGUUAUAUUAAGAGCUUCUAAUGGAAUGUUAUUGGAUAUGCCUUUAAAGAAUGUUCGAGAUGAAAUUAAGAUGGAACAAAAAUAUAAAAUUGAAAAAUUGGAUCCUAGUGGUGAUGUUGGAAUUUUAAAACAAUCCUUAUCAUUUUAUGAAGUAGCAUCAAUGAUUUUAGGAAGAGAUAGUAAAAGACAAUCUUUUUAAUUUAAUUAUAAUUAAUUUAAUAAUCGAUAUUUUUUUUUUUUUUUUUUUUUUNUUUU